CUCUCUAAAUCGUUUUAUCAAAUAGGCUACAAGAAGAAUAUGGUUGAAAACGAGUGAGACAGAAAAGUCGUGCAAGUCACCGCGGCACGCACUCGCCGGUCCCCAACACGCUCACACUCCCUCCCUUCCGGCAUCUCCCUUUUCUCCUAAGCAAACGUAACAAACAAACAAACAAAUCCCAAUUUCCACCCAAAUUUUCAAUUCGAUCAAAAUUCACUUCGAUCAAAAUCCUCGCCCUUCUCUUCUUCUCGGAAUCUCAAAUCUCAACCUUCCAAACCCGACCCGGUUCAAAUUGCUGCGAUGGUUCCACCGGCGGGUCCAAACCCACCGAACCCCCAACUGAUUCAGCAGUUCCUGAGCUCCGUCCUCUCCCAGCGCGGCCCCUCCGCCCUCCCUUACUCCGAAGACACCAAGUGGCUCAUCCGCACCCACCUCGUCUCUAUCACCUCCGCCUAUCCUUCCCUCGAACCCAAAACGGCGACCUUCACCCACAACGACGGUCGCUCCGUCAACCUCCUCCAGGCCGACGGCACCAUCCCCAUGUCGUAUGAGGGCGUCACCUACAACAUCCCCGUCGUCAUCUGGCUCAUGGAUUCCUACCCUCGCCACCCGCCCUGCGUCUACGUCAACCCCACGCGCGACAUGGUCAUCAAGCGCGCUCACGCCCACGUCAACCCUUCCGGUUUGGUCACCGUCCCCUACUUGCAGAACUGGGUCUACCCAAGCUCCAACCUCGUCGAGCUCGUCAAGAAUCUCAGCGCCGUUUUCGGCCAGGACCCGCCGCUCUUCUCCCAGCGCAGGCCUAAUCCCAGUCCAAACCCUAAUCCUAAUCCCAACGUUGGCCAUUCCACGUCAUCUGUGUCGAAUUCGGGUUAUUCGAGCUACUCGGGCUAUUCUGGAUCUUCCGGUUCGGUUAAUCAUGCCCGUCCGGCGAUCCCGCCGAGGACGUAUCCGCCUUCGCCUUAUGGAAGUAGCGGAUCGUUUUCUCGGGUUCAGGCUGAUGAUCCGAACGAUGUUUUCAAGCGGAAUGCGAUCAAUAAGCUUGUGGAGAUGGUGCACGGCGACAUGGCAGGGUUGAGGAAGACGAGGGAGGCGGAAAUUGAAGGCUUGUUCAAUGCACAGGCGGUGCUGCGGCAGCGAUCCGAGCAGCUCAACAAAGGGUUGAAAGAGAUGGUGGAUGAGAAGGAGGGUUUGGAGCAGCAGUUGCAGAUGGUGCUUAUGAAUUCGGAUGUUUUGGAUGCCUGGUCGAGAGAGAAUGAGGGGAAGACUAGGGGGAGCUUGGAUGGUGAUGUGGACGAUGCUUUCGAAUGCAUUGACCCACUUUCGAAGCAAUUGUUGGAUUGUACCGCCUCUGAUUUGGCGAUUGAAGAUGUUGUGUAUUCUUUGGAUAAGGCAUUGCAGGAUGGGUCAAUAGGCAUUGAGGAGUACUUGAAGAAUGUGAGGUCAUUGUCCCGCAAGCAGUUCUAUCAUCGUGCUACAGCUGCUAAAGUCAGGGCAGUGCAAAUGCAGUCUCAGGUUGCGAAUAUGGCUUCUCGGCUUUCGCAUUAUGUUUCAUCUUAGUAGAAAUGGUAUAGGUUCUUGUUGGAUUCUUGUGCAAAUAUGUCAAUGCUUUCUUGUUCUUGUUCUUUCUUUUCCAAAUUUUUCUUUCACAAUGUUUCUUUAGGGAUGGUUUCUGUGGGAAAUAUAUUGUUGUUCAAUAAGAACUAUAUGGAAACUCAUUUUUGCUCUAGAUUUGUGUAUGAAUAUCAGAUAUAAUCAUUUUUCAUUC